GAUCUUCUCCGGGUUGGAAGAGAAGAGAGGAGAAGGGACGGCGACCACCAAAAGGAAAUCGAAGAGGGUUCGAGGACAAGAUCGCGUCGGUGGCUUCCUACCGAUCUCCGACCCUGUCGUUUCUCAGCAUUCAGCCUCGGAUUCCGAUUCUUUUGAUGCUCUUCUCGGGAGAAAUGGCGCCGGUUCUGGGCUCUGCCUGAGGGUUCUCGGCUUCUGGAGCUCGUUUGGGCCUAGAGCGGUGGGGUGAGUAGGAGUCGGGACCUCGCUGCGGCAAUGGCGGCGGCGGGGCUGCAGCUGGUGGCCCAGUGGCUGCUCUGGCUGGUCUUGGGUUUGUCCAGUCCGCUUGCAAGGGUAGUCGCCAAUGUCGAAGGUGAUGCGUUGCAUACUCUAAAGACCUAUUUAAAUGAUCCUAAUGGCGUGCUGCAGAGCUGGGAUCCAACUUUGGUCAAUCCAUGCACAUGGUUCCAUGUCACAUGCAACAAUGACAAUAGUGUUAUUAGAGUUGAUCUGGGAAAUGCAAACUUAUCUGGAAACUUGGUCCCACAGAUUGGUCUUUUGAAAAAUUUGCAAUAUCUGGAAAUUUACAGUAACAACAUUAGUGGGACAAUUCCUAGUGAGCUUGGAAAUUUGACAAAUUUGGUGAGCUUGGAUCUUUAUCUAAACAAUUUCACUGGUGAAAUACCUGAUUCAUUGGGGAAGCUAACUAAACUGCGGUUUCUCCGGCUUAACAACAAUACUCUGUUGGGUCUAAUUCCAACAUCUUUGACCAAUAUCACAACGCUUCAAGUUCUAGAUUUGUCGAAUAACAAUCUAUCAGGAGAAGUUCCUUCUACUGGAUCCUUCCAAUUGUUCACUCCCAUCAGUUUUGCUAACAACCCUUACUUAUGUGGUCCCGGUACAACAAAAUCUUGUCCUGGUUCCCCUCCUUUGCCUCCACCACCUCCAUUUGUUCCUCCAACUGCACCCACUCUUCGAGAAAGUAAUGCCUCUAGCACUGGAGCAAUUGCUGGGGGAGUUGCUGCAGGUGCUGCUUUGCUAUUUGCAGCACCUGCUAUUGGAUUUGCCUGGUGGCGUCGUCGUAAGCCACAAGAACAUUUCUUUGAUGUACCUGCUGAAGAGGAUCCAGAAGUUCACUUAGGUCAGCUUAAAAGAUUUUCGCUGCGAGAAUUACAAGUUGCAACUGAUAAUUUCAGCAACAAGAACAUUUUGGGCAGAGGUGGAUUUGGAAAGGUAUAUAAAGGAAGACUUACAGACGGUUCACUUGUAGCAGUAAAGAGACUAAAAGAAGAACGUACACCUGGUGGAGAGCUUCAGUUUCAAACAGAAGUUGAGAUGAUUAGCAUGGCUGUACAUCGAAACUUACUCAGGCUUCGUGGGUUUUGUAUGACCCCAACCGAACGAUUGCUUGUAUAUCCUUACAUGGCCAAUGGAAGUGUUGCAUCACGCUUAAGAGAGCGUCCACCAUCUGAACCACCGCUGGAUUGGCCAACUCGACAAAGGAUUGCACUGGGUUCUGCUAGGGGAUUGUCCUACUUGCACGAUCAUUGUGAUCCUAAAAUUAUUCAUCGUGAUGUUAAAGCUGCAAAUAUUUUGUUGGAUGAGGAGUUUGAAGCAGUUGUUGGGGACUUUGGCUUGGCCAAGCUAAUGGACUACAAGGAUACCCAUGUAACGACGGCUGUCCGUGGAACGAUAGGACAUAUUGCUCCAGAAUACUUGUCAACAGGAAAGUCCUCUGAGAAGACUGAUGUUUUUGGAUAUGGAAUCAUGCUUUUAGAACUAAUUACAGGUCAAAGAGCAUUUGAUCUUGCACGUCUUGCAAACGAUGAUGAUGUUAUGUUGCUUGAUUGGGUAAAAGGACUUCUGAAAGAGAAAAAGCUGGAGAUGUUGAUUGAUCCAGAUCUGCAGAACAACUAUGUUGGCUCUGAAGUAGAAUCACUUAUCCAAGUUGCACUGCUUUGCACUCAGGGCUCUCCAAUGGAACGGCCGAAGAUGUCAGAGGUGGUGAGAAUGCUUGAAGGCGACGGUCUUGCUGAGAGGUGGGACGAAUGGCAAAGGGUGGAAGUGGUUCAGCAUGAAGCCGAGUUUGUUCCACGCAAUCGUGCCUCCGACUGGAUUCUGGACUCCACUGACAACCUCCGUGCAGUUGAGUUAUCUGGACCGAGGUGAGUUUGAAAUGAUCUGAUAGAUGAAAAAUCAUCUGAAGUCUAUUCUUUCAGCAUUUUCAUGUCUCCCAUAAGAUCAUCUAAUAUCCCAAGUUGAAUCACAUUUGUGUAUAUUAGUUUAUGGAGCCACAGUAACAUUUGCGGUUCUCUCUUAAUGUGUAAUUUUUUUUGGUGACACCAUGUUGCUUUCCUUUGUUGCAAUAGGUACAAUUGCAUCAUUUUGUAAAAGAUUUCAUAUUUUCGAGGGAUUUGUAUGAACAUAAGA